AUGCGAUAUAGAAUCAGGCGCGACCGGGUUUUUGAAGAUGCUUACUCGCAAAUGUCCCAUGCUGACUGGAAACACGAUUUUGACAUUGAAAUUAUGAACGAUGGGCGCAUCGAGCCUGGUUUCGGCCAAGGCGUGACGCGCUGGUUUACUGAGGCGUUGCUUCAAGCUGCUUUUGAUCCUAAAGUCGGCCUGAUGCUGCAGAAUGAGAAUGGCGAGCUCUAUCCCAAUCCUUUCGUCAGCCAAAUUUAUCCAGACUCUUUUGAGGCUUACUACAAGUUUUUGGGAAAGAUUCUCGGCUACAUGGUCUACACGAAAUCAAUCAACUAUCUACCUCUCUGUUCAUUUUUCCUAUCAAAAAUCCUCCGUGGAAGUAUCGAGCUCGACCUUUCCGAACUUCAAGGACUCGAUAAAGAGCUUUACAAAAACCUGAUGUAUUUGAAAUCAAAUCCCGAGGAAAUCGAAUCAAUGGGUCUCGAUUUUACGGCGAAUUUAUCAGCCCUCGGCAAUGCAGAAACUGUAGAACUGAAGCCAAAUGGAUCGAACAUCCCCGUCGACAAAUCUAACUACACAGAAUUUAUCAUCAAAGUAGCGGAUUUUCACUUGAACAAGGCAGUCGCUCGUCAAUGCAACGCAUUCCGCGCUGGUUUCUACUCAAUCAUCGACCAGGCAUGGGUGAAGCUCUUCGACCAGCGCGAGUUCGACAUUCUCAUCCAAGGCGUCAAACAAGACAUCGACAUCGAAGAUCUAAAGAAAAACACUGUUUACUACAAAAUGCGCGACGACGAUGAUAGAUGCUUUACUGCUGAUCAUCCGACAAUUGUUGCAUUCUGGCAAGUCCUGAACGACUUCAAUACUGAGGAGCGGGUCAAGUUCUUGAAGUUUACGACCAGUUCGCCCAGAGCGCCAUUGAGGGGCUUUGCAGAGCUCAAUCCGCGGUUCACGCUGAUUAAUACUAAUGAAGAUACAUCACGGUUACCGUCUGCCUCAACAUGCGUCAACUUGCUCAAAAUGCCUCCCUAUCCAAAUCGCCAACUCCUCGAGGAAAAACUCCGCCUCGCGAUCGAAGCUGUCACCUUCGAACUUUCCUAA